AUGACAGGUCUCUCAGAGGAAGAGGCAACAUCUCAGUCUCUGAAGGAGGGCAGAGAAAAACGUGUAUCAUUUCCCCCAGAUGAGCAGAUGGUGUCUGACUUUGUGGAGAGAAGGGCUGAACUUCAAGAGGCUGACAGUCUCACUCUGACAGAUAUAAUUCUGGCCUACAAGCAGAGCUGUGAAAAGCACCACGUGAAACCAAACUCAAAGGCUCUUGAUCAAUUAAAGCAAAUUACUUGUGUUACUGACAGAGCCAGGUGUUUUGACCUGUCAGGUGAGCGGUUAGAUUAUUGCUCCUGCGAAUCUCUUGAAGAAAUCCUGAAAUCAGUGCAAUUUGAUUUUAUCAGUCUGCAGGGGGCCGAGCUUGAGCAAAAUUUUCAUAAGGGAGCAUCAUCUUUGCUAGAUAUGUUUUUGUACUACGAGUCAGCUACACACCUCGACAUGUCCUCGAACUCAGGCAUGGGAUUCUCAGGUUGGCUGUCACUGUCACACCUCCUCCGACAGAGUGGAUGCCUGUGGAGGCUGGAUGCUUGCAACAUGCCUAUGGUGGACUACGCCGUGCAGGCCUUGUCAAAAGCCCUUCUCACCAGCAGGCUGACAGUGCUACACCUUGAAAACACCUGCCUGAGCGGCAAACCUCUCUUCACACUUGUUGGUGCUCUGAAAAGGAACGUCGCUUUGCAGGAGCUUUACCUCUCUGAAAACAACCUUAACGGCUACCAGGACUCCAUGCAACUUGGCGACCUCCUCAAAUACAACAGCACUCUUAAAACCUUGGACCUAAACAACAAUACCAUGUCUGACUCAGGUGUGGAAGAGAUUUGUGAUGCUUUGAGCUCUCAGAAGACUGGUUUGAGAACGCUGAUACUGAGUAACAAUCACAUCACUCAUCUUGGCAUGAGCCAUCUACAGAAUGUUCUGCCCCGCUUAAAAACACUCGAAACAUUGAACCUUGGCAAAAACAACCUUGAGAACAGAGGCAUUCACACGUUAAAGGAGUCUCUCAUGAUCAAUCGCUCUUUAUUGCAACUUGGCCUAGCCUCCACAGGAAUAACAUGCGAGGGUGCUGUGACUUUGGCUGAGAUCCUUGCAGAGAGUCCACAGAUCCAGCGCUUGGACGUACGGCAGAACCAGGUGCUUACUGGGGGCCUCAUGGCUCUGUCGUUGGCCCUAAAGAUCAACCGUUCACUCAUCAGACUGGAUCUGGACCAACAUUUGAAAGAGGAAAAGGAGGACUUCCUGCUCGAAACGCAGAAGAUGCUGGUGAGCAGGAUCUCCGAUGUGUGCGCGGCGAAUGCAACGGCCGCCAAGGGGACGGCUCUGCGGCCCGCUUCUCCAGACUCGGCCGACUGCGCCGAGACCACCUAUCCACUCCCCACCCAAACAGCUGACUAGAAGACAUAUAAGCAUAAAACUCCAACUCCUGGUAAUAAAGCCAAAGCCUCUCUCCCUAAUGAAACAGUGGCCCUCCUGCUGCGUCCUGCCUAAUGUUCCUGCCGAGGCUUCCUCCACUUUCCAUAAAGCAAUUUUGCAAGCCCACUCUCAACGUGAAUCAUCUCGAAACGAAGAGAAGCCUCUCCCUCCAUCUCUCUUUGUGUCCCUGGAGGGUGACGCUGACUAAAUCUGUGUUGAUACAGAGGUGUGCUCUAAAUCCUGUUUGCUCGGGUUCCAUCUCCUCUAAUAUUCACACUCAUGUAUGAGACUCCUUCCCUGCCUGCGUCUGCUAAUGUAGCGUAUCGUCGUCUGGAUGACAAGACGAGUGCCUCAAACUCCCUCACAUGUAUCGUUUACUGCUGGUGCAGAGAAUCACAAUGUGUGGGAAG